AAUGUGUGUUGUUUUGGAGAUGCUCAGUGUUUUGUCAUCCCUCUCCCAGGGUCAUGGGCGGACCGGUCUCCUCUCCACGAGGCAGCGUGUCAGGGCCGUCUCCUGGCCCUCAGGACUCUACUCUCACAGGGUUACAACGCAAACAUCCCUACCAUAGACCAUGUGACGCCGUUGCAUGAGGCUUGUCUGUCAGACCACGCGUCAUGUGCCAAGGCGCUUAUUGCAGCUGGUGCCAAUGUAAAUGCCACCACCAUUGAUGGGGUGACGCCGCUGUUCAAUGCCUGCUCAGUGGGCAGUGCCACCUGUACAGAGGUACUGCUGGAAAACGGUGCCAAGCCCCAGUCAGAGAUAUGCCAGCCCUCGCCCAUACACGAAGCCUCCAGCAAAGGCAGAACUGCUUGUCUGGAGGCWCUGAUCACAUGGGGAGCAGACGUGGACUAUGAUAUUCCUCACCUAGGAACCCCCCUGUACAUCGCCUGCAUCUCCUCAGGACUCCAGUGCACACAGAAACUCCUCGAUGGAGGGGCCAAUGUGCAGAGGGGCAGGUUCCUGGAGAGCCCGCUCCAUGCAGCAGCUCAGAAGGACUGUACUGAGAUCAUCAAUGUGUUGUUAGAGUUUGGAGCGAACACUAACGCUAAAAACCUAGAGCUGAAGAGACCGGUGGAGUCAGCCCCACCUAACAGCGCAGCAGAGGAGACGUUACUGCUGCAUGAAGRAACACCUCGGCCACUAUAUCAGCUGUGUCGUCUCAGUGUCAGAGAUUAUAUGGGCCGAACUCGACUACACCUCAUCCCUCAGCUACACCUCCCCAACCUCCUCAAACGCUUCCUCCAGUACAGAUAGAACACAUCAACGCUCUCUCUCUCUCUUUCUGUCUCUGUCUGUCUCUCUUGUCUGUUGCUUUCUCCCUUCCCUCUGUUUCUCUAACCCUUUCUCUCUUUCUAAAUGAGAGCAUCAUCAUAAUAGAGGAUAUUCUUUAUCCCAUCCUCUCUCUUUCGGUUUUCUCUCUGUUUCUCGCUCCAUCCAUUUCAUCAUCAAGUGAAUUUAUUAUUACUCACUGAACCUCAUUUAAAAAWWAAAAAAACAGAACCUCAAAUGCACCGAAUKCCUCCCAUUCACUGACAUCUGUUUUAARUGUCUCUCUGUAGCACCUACGCGCAUGGUCAUGUAAAUAUGUAUAUUCUGUUACAUUGACCAAAACAUGAGUUUGAAUGUUCAAAAUAACAAUACUGUAUAAUACUGUGUUAUCCGUUAAAAGGACACUCCCACUGCAGUGAUCGUUGUGAUCCCAACUUGUCAGAAAGUUCUCUGCAAAGAUGUGUAUUGGUGUAAAUCAUGUUUUUCUGCACAAUACAAUCUAAGWCAAGUUGAUCAUCUUUCAUGUCACUUUGGUUUUGUAUCCAAUGUUCCUGUCCACGSCKUACGUUGAWCUGCCUAAUAUUCAUUGACCCAAARAAUGAAAGGGGUCAUUGAAUGUUUAAUGUAAUGUAUAACAUAAUGUACUUUAAUGUACACAAAMAAUGUUAUGUCAUCUUGUUUGAAUGAGCUGCCUUUAUGCUACCAAUGAUGUAAACAAGAUACCAUCAUGUACUUUAAUGUACAGUGUUAUCUUGUUUGCAUCAUUGGUAGCAUAUAUUUUUUUAUUUUUUAUUUUAUUUAACCCUUAUUUUACUGGAUAAGUUGAGUGAGAACACAUUCUCAUUU